AUGGGUGUCACCGGCCUCUGGACCGUCCUGCAGCCUUGCGCGCGCCCCAUCAAGAUCGAAACGCUGAACAAGAAGCGGCUUGCUGUGGAUGCUUCCAUCUGGAUCUACCAGUUCCUCAAGGCCGUGCGCGACAAGGAAGGCAAUGCGCUGCGAAACAGCCAUAUCGUUGGCUUCUUCCGCCGAAUAUGCAAGCUCCUCUUCAUCGGCAUCAAGCCUGUCUUUGUAUUCGACGGUGGCGCUCCGGCGCUGAAGCGACAGACGAUCCAACAUCGCAAGUCGAGGCGCGAGGGUAGGCGCGAGGAUGCAGUUAGGACAGCGGGGAAGUUGUUGGCGAUUCAGAUGCAGCGUGUGGCCGAGGAGGAGGAGAAGAAACGGAAGGAGGCGGCGAAGCGCUCACGGGAUGGGGAACCACAGCAUCAAGCCCAAGAAGAGGAGAUCCCGGACGACUUGGUAUACGCUGAGGAAUUGCUGCAAACAAAGGAAGAGCGUGUGGAGAAGCGCGCGACCACAUUCAAGAGGAAAGACCAAUACCAUCUGCCUGAUCUGGGAAGGUCCAUGUCGGAAAUGGGCGCAGCGAACGAUCCUCGGGUCAUGUCCUUGGAGGAGCUGGAGGAAUACGCACGCCAUUUUGAUCGUGGCGAAGACAUCAACGUCUACGACUUCUCCAAGAUCGACUUUGACGGCCCCUUCUUUCAAAGUUUGCCUCCCGCCGAUCGAUACAACAUCUUGAAUGCGGCUAGGCUGAGGAGUCGGCUGAGAAUGGGGCAUUCCAAGGAGCAGCUUGAUGCCAUGUUUCCGGACAGAAUGGCUUUCUCCAAAUUCCAGAUUGAACGUGUGCGUGAGCGAAAUGAUCUUACUCAACGCUUGAUGAACCUCAAUGGCAUGAAUGACAAUGCGUUUGGUUCUGGAACCUCUAAUCGAGUCGCAGGAGAGCGAGAUAGGGAGUACGUGCUUGUCAAAAAUGAUGGCGUCGAAGGUGGCUGGGCCUUGGGUGUCGUGCAAAAAGACGAGGGCACUGAGCAGAAGCCCAUCGUUGUUGAUAUGCCCAAGCCCCCUCCUGAGGAAGAGUGGGAAGAUGAGGAUGACUUUGAAGACGUACCGAUUGAAGGACUAAACCGGUUACCGAAGCCACCUCCUGGUAUGAGCGCAAAAGAGAGAGAGGGUCGCGAGUUCAUUGCCAACGAAUUAGCGACGCGGCGUCGACGCUUCUACAACUCCAGAAAAGACAGCCCAGCAGCACACCCUAGACAACGGAAAUCAUCGCCUGUGAAUAAAGACCCAGAUUCACUUUUCCUUGCUGAGGACAACGAGGAGCAAGAUUGGGAGAACGUGCCCAUCGAUGGUGGUGACGAUUUGUUCGAAGAUGGAGGUGAUGGCAUAGAGACCGAACAGCUACAACAAGCCAUUGCUCUCUCAAUGCAAACAGAAACUCGCGAGGAACAAGACGCAUUGGAGAUUGCAGACGAUGAUGUCGUUCGUGAGGUAUAUCAGCAAAAGCGUGCUACAGAGUCAAACCCCUUUGCAGGCAAGCACAGGCCCAAAGGGCUUGCCGCAGUCGCAAAAAUGGCAAACCAGCAUAGUCACAAAGCUGCGCCAAAGGGCCCAUUCGAAGGGAGCGAUAGUGAGGACGACAUGGACCUCCAAGCAGCGUUAGCGGAGUCACGCAAGUCCAAGCGGCCUAUCAACCCACGGCAGCCAUCACUCAAACCUCAGUCCCAGGCGCAUGUCCCAGCUGCUAAACCCGCACCAAAGUCCAGGAAUGCACCAGGAUUUGACGGACCUUUGCCAUUUGAGAAACUCAAUCUCGGCAACUCUCUGCUUGGCAAGAAGAAGAUGGAGCAGCUUGAAGCCGAUACGGCCGGUGGUUUCGAGAGGGACCUUGGUGCAGACAGAGACAAAGCAGCGCCGUUGCCUCCGUGGUUCAAAGGAGAGCGAGACAUUGCGGCAGAAUUGACAACGACACGGCAGGAAGAGAAGGAGGUUUGGGAGGAGGCGAAGGAAGAAGAGAAAUCACGCUUCCAAUUUCAAAAACUACCACGCCUGCGCAAAGAAGAAACUAGAGAGAUUAUUGAUCUGGAUGCACCGGCUAGUCAAAGUCAGCAGCAGGUUAAUCCAGUGGAUGACGAGGAAGAUGAUGAUGAGCCAAUGGAAGAUGUGUUGGUUCAAAAAGAAUUGAACAUGGGCGAUCUUGCCGAUAAAGUAAGAGCUGAGCCCCCGAAACCACUGUCUCCUGGCCAGAGAUUGCCACCGCCUCAGGAACCAGUCCCGGCAACUAAAACGCCUUUUGCACAGGAUUCAGAAGAGGAUGAGGCAGUGGACUGGUCAGAGAGUGAGCCUGAGGAAGAGAGGAGGGUACAGAAAAACCAGAAGCUUGCAAAUAAGACUACUCCUCCCAUCCGAGAACCUUCAGAGUCUCCAUCUGAAGAGUUCGAGGAUGUGCCCAUGCAAGGUGAACCUGCUUCUCAUCCCGUCCCUUCGACAUCACUGUCAGUAGAGUAUGAAGACGUGUCAAUGGAAAUUACAAACGCUCCUCUAUCAAAACCGUCAAAAUCACCAUCACCAGAAUUCGAAGACGUUCCAAUACGACCCGCUCGACCCCGCCGACCCCGUCGAGAAUCGUCCCCUGCCAAAAUGGAAGGUCCAGACGACCUCCUCGUUCCCAUCGUUCCCCACGAUGCCAUCCCAGACUCCUUAAUUCCUCCAGACCUCCCUGCCAACGAUUCCGAUCAAUACUCCGACCCAGAGGACGAAGAGCUCUUCGCCUCCCUGGCCCAAGAAGCCUCAGAGCACGCCCGCUUUGCCCAAGAGUUAAACGCCAACACGGCUGUGAGCGUCGACUUUGACAAAGAACUCAAGCAGCUCCGCGCCCAACAAAAGAAGGACCGCAGAGACGCAGAUGAAGUCACGCAAACCAUGAUAACAGAGUGCCAGCACCUCCUCACAUUAUUUGGCCUACCCUACAUCACCGCGCCUAUGGAAGCCGAAGCACAAUGCGCCGAACUCGUUUCCCUGGGACUCGUCGACGGCAUCGUAACAGACGACUCGGACACCUUUCUCUUCGGUGGCACCCGCGUCUACAAAAACAUGUUCAACGCCGCCAAAUUCGUAGAAUGCUACCUCGCCUCCGACCUCGCCUCCGAAUUCUCCCUCACACGCGACAAACUCAUCGCCAUUGCCCAACUCCUCGGCUCAGACUACACGCCCGGUAUCCCGGGCAUCGGCCCCGUCACCGCCCUCGAAAUCCUCUCCGAAUUCCCAGACCUCGAGCAGUUCAAGCAGUGGUGGACGGGCGUGCAAGAUGGCUCUAUUCCCAAGGCUGCAGACGCUACCUCUCCUUUUCGCAAACGCUUCCGCAAAAAUCAGGCCACGAAGCUUUUUCUCCCCCCAACCUUUCCCGAUCCCAGGGUAGCGGACGCAUAUCUGCAUCCCGAGGUCGAUUCCGACCCGCAGCCGUUUGAAUGGGGUGUACCGGACCUCGCGGCCCUGAGGGCUUUUUUGCAGAGCCAGAUUGGCUGGUCCUGGGAACGCACUGAUGAGGUGCUUGUCCCUGUGAUUCGCGAUAUGAAUCGCAGAGAGAAGGAGGGUACGCAGGCGAAUAUCACGAGGGUUCGGGGACAGGCAGCGGAGAGUGCGGUGGGGGGGAGGACGAGGGGGAAGGGGGCGUCUGGGAAGAGGCUAGGGGCUGCGUUGGAGAGGUUGGCGGAGAGGGAGGGGGCAAGGAGUGCAGUGGAUGGACGGGGGGAGAGCGAGGAGCAGGAAGCAGAAAAAGGUGUUGAUGAUAUUGAGACUGCAACUGUGGAUGCAGUGCCCACAAAGAGAAAAGUCGGUCAAACACAGACUUCGCUCGCCGAAGACGAUUUCGACACCCCAGACGAUGACCAAGACGACGAGUAUCAAGUCCCGAGGAAGAAGAAGACUAGGAAGUCUUGUAAGAAAUAG